AUGGACGAUAUGCUAUCAAAUGAACAAUUACUAACAUCUAAACUUGAUCAAGCUGAGCUUUGCUAUGAUAAUGGGAGCUAUAAUGAUGCAAUAACUAGUUAUGAUCAGGCGAACAAGCAGAUUCAGGAAAAAUUCAUGUACGAUUACCUAGAUGACAAAGAUUAUAUCAGACUUACUUGCAGAAGUUGGAUUGGUUUAAUGAAGUCUAAAUUUCAGCUGCAUCUACUUGAUGAAGCUAAGAAAGAUUUUUCUGAAAAAAUAUCACAUUUCCUAAAUAAAUCUCCAAGUUCUCUACUAGCUGAAGCUUAUUAUAUAAUGGGCAAUGUUUAUAUAAAAAAUGGAGAGUAUAAUAGUGCUUUCGAUCAUUUUAAAGCUGCAAUUCAAUUUUUAAAUUCAAAUGAAGAAGAUGAUUUGUUAACUUUGGCUCAAUAUGGUAAAGCUAGUAUCUAUAUGUUGCGGAAAGAAUUUGAAAAUGCUCGAUCUGUUUUUCUGAAGUUGUUAGCAAAACAAUUACGAAUCAUACAAAAUAGUAUUGAGAAAACGGCUAAACGUGUUACACUUCUAGACUUGUCCGAUAAUGAAUUACUACUAAGUGAAAGUUAUGCCAAUCGCAUUUUGCAAAAACUCAAUUCUUCGUUAUCUGCAAAAAUGAAAAAGACUGUUAAGUUUGCUUUACUUUACGAUACCAUUGGCAAGGUAUUUUAUAUGCAGGGUGAUUAUCUAGGAGCUAUAAACUACUUCAUGAAGUCAUAUAAUAUCAAAAAGAAUAGAUUCAAAGAAAACAGUUGGCAUAGAGCAGAUUCGGUGGAAUAUUUAGGAAAUGCAUACUUUGCUUCAGAUCAAUUAGAUAAUGCUAAGAAAUAUUUCAAAAUAAUACAAAAAAUCAUAAAGAAUACAGGAUUCGUAGAUUAUCAAUUACAAGCGAAAAUUAACAACAUUUUGGGUGAAAUUUGUUUCAGAACUAGAAAAACUACGCUUAGAAAUGACAAGAAAGAUCCUUUAAAGGAGUCAAUAAAAUAUUUCGAAGAAGCUGUCAAAUUUGCCAAAGAUAAGAAAGGAGAUAAAAUUGAAUUGAGUAAAGCCUAUUACGGGAUUGGAAAAGCAAAAUUAGGAAGUUCGCAAUUUGAAGCAGCAAAGAAACAUUUGGAAGCGUCCAUGAAAAUUCUAAAGGGAAUAUCAAGCCAUCACCGCCUGUUGAUUGCAGAUAUUCGAGAUCAAAUUGCAGAGUUGUAUUGGCUUCGUCAAGAAAUUGAUACCUCUAUAAAGGAGUACAAGGAAAGUUUACAGUUUAGGAAAGAUAUCUGUGAUGAAUAUGAUAUCGAUUUCGUGAGAUCCUAUUACAGUGAGACAAGAUGGGAAAAAUAUAUAUCCAGGAAUGAUAGAAUUUUAAUAGACUUAAACAAGAAAAAGCUAUGCAAUGAAAUAGAUGAAGUUUAUGCUAAACUUAACAAGAUGUAUAACUUAUUUUCCAAUCAUACAAAAUCAUUUGAGAAUCACCAAACCGCUGCACAUCACCAAAAAUGUUUAAAAGGACAAAAUAUGGAAAAUUUUAAAUGGCUGAAUGACGAAAUUGAUAAGAUAGACGCAGCUAAGAAAAGAUCAUUAGAGCCAAAUCCACAUAAAUCUAUUCAUUGA